AUGUGAUUGAUGCACGAAGGCACAAAGUCACAACCAAGCAACUCGCAGAAACAACCAUAUCCCAUACAUAUACAGGACUUCCUGCAGCUUCCCCUCAAGGGCAUCCACCCGCUGCUGUGCCUCGCUUUCAUCAGCUGCUGUGUCUAGGUUCCAACCCUCUGCCGCGGAACCAGCAGCCACCCAGAUCAUCCCGCUUCGUCCCCGAUCAUCUGAGAGUUUCCGUCCGUGGGAAAAAGCCCCACCUCAACUAGCCCGGUACAUCUCCCUCCCGCUAGCCUGGAAAGCUGUCUUAGAAUCACGGAGGGAACUCUGUCUCUCGAUACAGCUUAGCGAACCCCCAAAAAACCUAGCCCACGAUGGCAUCCCCGGCCCCCGCCACCCCCUCCCGCCGCGCACGGCCACGUCCCAUCCUGCCCAUCAACCUCGACCGCCUGCCCUCCCAUCAGGAACUAGAGUCGCCCUCAGGUGGCGCUCUAGUCCCGCAACUUUCGGAGUUGUCCCUGCCCCAGGAAACGAAACUCGACUUGAAGCGGGAGGAUAUCGAGAUUCUGCAGGAACUGGGCGCUGGGAACGGUGGGACAGUGCAUAAGGUUAGGCAUAUACCCACGGGGACCAUAAUGGCAAAGAAGAUCAUCCACGUAGAAGCGCGCAACAGCGUACGACGACAAAUCGUUCGCGAGAUCCAGAUCAUGCACCAAUGCAUCAGCCCAUAUAUCGUGUCCUUCUACGGGACGUACCUGAACGAAGGCGACAUCUCCAUCUGCAUGGAGUACAUGAGUCUCGGGUCGCUGGACAAUGUCGGCAAGAAGGCGGGACCUAUGCCUGAGGAUGUCAUUGGGAAGGUCACCCAUGCGGUGUUGGCUGGGCUGGUUUAUCUGUAUAAGAAUCAUCGGAUUAUACAUCGAGAUAUCAAGCCGAGUAACAUUCUGUUGGACGCUGAGGGCAACAUCAAAAUCGCCGAUUUCGGAGUAAGCGGGCAGCUGAUCAACUCUGUAGCCAACACGUUCGUAGGCACGAGCGCCUACAUGUCGCCGGAACGCAUCCAAGCCGGCCGCUACUCAGUCCAAUCAGACGUCUGGAGCGUCGGGGUAACGCUGAUGGAGCUCGCGACGGGCAAAUUCCCGUUCCAAUCCGACGGCGAACCGUUAUCGGUGUUUGAAUUGCUGGAGUAUAUCGUGAAUGAGCCGAUAGCGACGCUGCCGCCGGGGAAGUUUUCGCCGGAGUUGGAGGCGUUUGUUGCGAGAUGCCUCAUCAAAGACCCCGCGUCGCGCCCAACGCCAACCGAGCUCCUUAACGACCCAUACAUCAUCCAAGCAGCAGAGAAGAAAGUCGACGUGAAGGGAUGGGCGACUGUAUUACAAAAAAAGCCCGCGUAAAGCUGUAGCCUGCGUAAGAGGGGAAUGGACUUUAUAGGUCUCCAUCUCAGCUAACGUAGCCUUCCCAUGAGGGCGGGAUGCACUGUCGCGUCGUGUCUCCGCGCAAGAAAAGGAGAGGCCCGGAGGGAGGCUGGCCAGGGUUUGUGGUUUAUACAGUAUAUAUAUAGUGUGUGGGGAUUUGCCAUCAUCAGCUGCUGCAUUGGGGGGGUUAGGUUUGGAAGUUGGGGGGGUUGGAUGGCGGCCAAUAGUUUUCUCGCGUAAAGUUUUGAGGGAGGCAGACAGAUGAUGGAUUGUAUUUAGCGCCUCCUCAACCAAGCUUCUAUGUUGUGAAUCAAGUCUCCCUCUCGCAUGGUUGCCCGUUUUGCUAUAUAGCCGAUGUUUGAUGAGCGCCGGGCGGUGGUGAAUAUGAAAGUCUGGACAUGGACGGAGGGGAGGGAGCCUCAAGAGGG